AAUAAAUGAAUCACAGCCAUGAAGAAAAUCAAUGUGGUGAAUCUUGAUAAACUUUUGGAUAACUUCUCAGAGAUAGAAAAGAAAAUUUCAGAAAUUAAUGAAGCAAACAAACUAUCAGCUCUUCAGCUGGAAAAAUCGAAUAGGUUGUUAACAUUAAGCCAAUCAAGGGAGGAAUCAGUAAAAGAAGAAUGUACUGCUCUACGGAAUGUGAUAAAGGGUCUUACACAAACUCUUGAAAACCAGUGUAACAUAAAAGAUGAAAAUGACAGACUGAAGGCAAACAUUCAUGUCUUGGAAGAUAAAUUAAGGGCUUCUGAACAGGAAUAUAAAGAGCAGAUUGAGAAACUCACAAUUGAAAUUCAAAACAAAGAGGAAGACCACAAAUUAGAAAUAGCACAGUUGAACUGCAACAUGAGAAAAAAAACUGAAGCAAAAGAGAUGGAGUAUAAGGAACAGAUAGAGAAAAAGGAACUGGAAAUAUUAGAGCUAGCUAGACAGCUGAAAACUCAAGAUGAAGAGAAGCAGAAUGAAAUAAUUAAACUGCAGAUAGAGUUCAACGCUAAAUUGGCAAGAGUUCAGAACAAAACAACAAAAUCAUAUUCAGAUGCUUCUGUUCUGCCACAAAGUAUCUAUCGAAGGGUACGUGCUCCAAUAACUCAUAAUACUCAAAAACUACAGCACCUGCAGGAGGAGAAAAACAAAGAAAUUGAGAUCCUCCGAAACACCAUACGGGACUUAGAGCAACGUCUUAACAAAGGCCAAGAUUUGCACUUGAAACGGAGGCGGUUUUGA